GUGCUGCUCCUAGCGCCUCCUCUCCCUGUGACAUUAUAGAGGCAGCUCCCCCCUAUUCUUGUCAAGCCAGACGAACGAGCCCUUUCAUAUCAUCCAACUUCGAGUCAGUAAACGGCAUCAAGUCUUGCUUCUCUCUUCUCUCUUGGCCCCUUCCUGACGCCCUUGCCUCGACAUAGACGCCCGCAAUGUCCGACCUCAACGGCGAGAACACCAAGGCGACAAGCCCAACCGCUGGCAAUGUGGCCUCGAACCCAUCCGCAUUGUCCGGGUCGGCCGCUGCUGCCUCUGCUGGCGCCUCUGCUGGCGCCGCUGGCUCCUCGGGCGCCGCGCCCAGCGGCAACAACGUGCCCAAGGCCAUCAUCAAGAGCGUCGACAUGGACGAAGACAUGCAGCAAAAGGUCGUCGACUACGCCAUGAGCGCCCUGUCGCAGUUUACAGUAGAAAAGGACAUUGCCGCCCACGUCAAGCGGACGAUGGACAUGGCCUUUGGGGCGACGUGGCACGUCGUCGUGGGAAAGCACUACGGGAGCUACGUGACGCAUGAGUCCAAGCACUUCAUCUACUUCUACCUCGGCCAGAUUGCUUUCCUCAUCUGGCGGGCAUGAGGGAGAAGAGAAUAAAGAUGGGAACCUCUAGCAAACAGGCAUGUACACGGGCGA